UCCAUUUGUAGUCACCAUGUCGGGACCGGGAAUCGCCGGAUUCUCUCUGCCGUCGAAAACCGUUUGAUUGAAUUUUCGUUGUUUUUUCAUUCAUUUUCAUUCUUGUUCGCGUCGCGCUCACCGUUUGUCCAGUGUCGUAACGAUAACGGUCAAAUUAAAUUCAAAUAGACUUAAUGUGAACCAAGGAUAACCCGAAGGAUUUUUAAUAAUAAUUUGGAUUAGACAUUCACAAUGAGGGCGUAUUUGUUGGCAACGGCUUGUGCGGUCUUCUUGAACUUGGCUUUAGCUGUUUUACCGAACAAACGUGAUGCGUCAUUGUAUUCUCAAUCACUUCAAACUCCCUUUCAAAGUCAACCAACAGUUAGCAUAUCAUCAAUGUAUACUCCAUCUAGUACAUCUGGAAAUGGACAAUCUUUUGAUUUUGAAAGUUUUAACUCACAAGACAUCCAAGGUGAUUCUACCCAAACACAGUUGCAAUCGUUACAAAACUUUGGACAGUCAUCUCAACAAAAAUCUCAACAAGAUUAUAAUAACCAACAACAAUUACAACAGAUGUAUACUUCAUCACAACCUCAACCACAGCAAAGCUAUAGUGCACAAAUACAAAGGAUAAUACAAGGCUAUAGUGCUCCACAACAACAACAGCCGCAACAGACACAACCGCGACCUCAACAAGGUUACUUACCACCACAACAACAGCAACCAUCAACACAACCGCAACCAAGCUAUGGGACACCAACACAGCCACAGCCACAACAACCAAUACCACAGUCUCAGCCAAGUUAUGGACCUCCACCACAACAACAGCAACCACAACCACAGCCAAGUUAUGGACCUCCACCACAACAACAGCAACCACAGCCAAGUUAUGGACCUCCACAACAACAACAACCAUCACCACAGCCCCAGCCUAGCUAUGGACCGCCGCAACAACAGCAGCCACAACAACGACCACAGCAAAGUUACAACACACCACAAUUUCAGCCAAGUUAUAGCCCUCCUCUGCAACAACAACCAGUGUCACAGCCCCAACCACAAUCGAAUUAUGGACCUCCUCAACAACAACAACCAGUGCCACAACCCCAACCACAAUCUAAUUAUGGACCUCCUCUACAACAACAACCAUUACCACAACCUCAGCCAAGUUAUACACCACAGCAACAACCUCAGUCAAGCUAUGGACCUCCAACACCAGUGCCACAACCCCAACCACAAUCUAAUUAUGGACCUCCACCACAACAACAACCAUUGCCUCAGCCUCAACCGAGUUAUGGACCACCACAACAACCACAACAACCACAGCAACCACAGCAGCCACAGCAGCCACAGCAACCAUCACAGCCAAGUUAUAGUCCUCCAUUGCAGCAACCGCCACAGACAAAUUAUGGUCCACCAUCACAGCAGCCCCAAUCUUUGUCACAGCCAAGUUAUGGACCACCACCUCAACAACAACAACCGUUGCCUCAGCCUCAACCGAAUUAUGGUCCACCACAGCAACAGCCACAACCAUUUCCACAGCCCCGGCCCAGUUAUGGACCACCUCCUCAACAACAACAACCAUUGCCACAAACCCGACCAAGUUAUAGUCCACCCCAGCAACAACAACCGUUACCACAACCAAGUUAUAGUCCCCCUCAGCAACAACAACCUUUGCCACAACCUCAACCAAGUUAUGGACCUCCACCAUCUCAACAACCUUUACCACAACCACAACCUAGUUAUGGACCACCAAUCCAACAGCAACAACCAACACCACAACUACCCCCACCAAACUGUAACCACCCACAGCAGCAACAACCAUUGCCUCAACCACAGCCAAACUAUGGAUUGCCUCAACAGCCACUACCACAGCCCCAGCCUACUCAACCUCCGACAUCAUAUGGUGCUCCAGUACAAAGUACUAUAGCUCCUCAACAAAAUUACGGAAGUCCAAAACCGUCUAAUGCUAAUAUUCCUCAAUCCAAUCAGCCAACUGUAGUGCAGUCAAUCAGUUUUGGAAUACCAUCACAAUCGUUUAAUACACCAAAUCAACUAUUGGGGAUGCCACAGAAUCAAAAUGGGUAUUCUUAUAGCCCUCCCGCAGUUCAGCAACAAAAUAAUCAAUUUCAAGGUUAUUCUUACAACCAACCAACUCCGAGACCAAAUCCACAGCCACAACAACCACAACAACCACAACAACCCAAGCAACCCAGUUUUACCUAUUCUACAUCUCAAACGCAACCUCAAAAUAUACCACAACAAGUUGGUUAUUCAUACAAUCCACCACAACCAGCUACACAACAAAAUAAUGCAAGACCCUCCUCAUCCCCACCACAACCCUCAUAUGGGAUACCACAACAGCCUCAAACUUCUCCUACUUCAAACAAUAAUUAUAACCCACCCAAGGCGCAAGCUCAACCACGACCACAGGGCAGUUAUAUUUAUACCGGCGUCCCAGCAACGAGUACAUCAAGACCACCUCAGCUAGGAUACAGUUACAGUCCAACUCAAAUUCAGAUUACCCAGGUACAAUUUAAACCACAGCAGACUACAGCAGGAACAGGAGGAUACAAUUAUAAUCCUCCAUCAAUACCGUUCCCAACGCCGACCUCUCAAGCUAAUCCCCAGUCACAGUUCCCUUAUAGCGGGCCGACGCAAUCGCCUUUGCCGACGUUCACGACGUCUUCGCCAACGCAAAGUUACAGCGCGUCUGCAAUCUCGUCUUCGAUAGUGACACCAAACGGACGGAACUUGAACUACCAGUCAUCGCAGGCAAACGGAUCACCGUCACAGUCUUCCAGUAGCUAUUUGACGCCAAAACCUGGCCAGUCUAGCACACAGACCCAAUCAGCGGGCUACGGGUCGCAAUCACAACAACCGACGCAAAUACGAUUUGAUGAAUUUGCGGCUCCACUGUCUGAAUCACAGCCACAACCUGUGUACGGCUGAGUAAAUUCUGACUGGUACCACGAAUGGUAGUGUGAGUACAUGGAUGGGGUUUACCAUCUAGUCUACCAAUGUCACUAGACUGUUUAAAGGAAUAAUUUUUAUCAGCCAUAAAAAAAAUGUUACUUAUUUAUAGCAUUUAAUGAAAUUAAGUAGCUUGUGAUGUUCCGCAAUUUUUAAUCAACGCAUUACAAUAAGAACAUCGGAUUUUAACAUGACAUAAAUUUUAUUAUACUACUUAUAACUACAUAUUGAUUAGACAAUUUCAUUGUAAAUACAUUUUACUUUAGUACUCCAUUCUAUUAUAUAAUUAUUACAACAACUUUUUUUUUGCUUGUAAAUAGUACGCUAAAUCGUCUGUUUAAGGAUAUACAUAUAUAAUAAUAUACUUAAAUAUGUAUAAAUAUUGUAUAUUUUUCACUAAAAAAAAAAAAAAAAUACAAAUCGGGACUUAAAGUAUUUCGAAACUGCCGUAUAAUAAAAUGUUUCGUCGUGUGCUGAUAUGUUUUAUGUUUAUGUACUUAAAAUUGUAAUGUAAAUUCUCGAUUUGAGGAAUCGGUCGCAACUAGUUCAUCUAAUUUGGCUUCAUUCAACAUUUUAAAGUCAAACAACAGUAAAAUUAUUUAAUUAUAUAAUGUUGUGAUGAACGUUUAAACCGACCGAAUAUCACCAAUAAAAUGUUAUUAUUAUAAAAGAUGUAAUAAUUCUAAAAUGUAUUUUUUUUUUUUACUAUUUUCCUAAAGGUCAGUCAUGUAUUGAAUACAUAUAAUGAUAUGUAAUUGUCAAUCUUAACAGUAAGAUAAAAUGAUAUGUAUCAUUGUACAAGUCCUUUAACAAAUUCCCGAUAAUAACAAUAAUAGUGGAAUUUUUUUAUGCUUAAAAAUAGACAUAAAAGCACAUAAAAUCUCUGAUUAAAUUUAAACGUUUUUAAAAAAGCUCAACAAUCACAUUAACAACUUUAAUCAAUUAAUUAAUUAACAUAUUCGAGUUUCUAAAAUACUAGUACUAAAAAACUGUUAAUAUUAUAGUGUAAUAUAAAUUUAUCUUGUUAAAUUUAAAUGCCAAUUAAUUUAUUUCCAACUACAGACCAUUUUAAAUUGGCGUUUUUUUAAAUAAUUUUAUAUAUUGUGUUUAUUCUAUACUUUAUAAUUAUUUUAAUUAUUAUCGUUUAUUAUUAUGUAUUAUUUUAAUUAUUUUUUUUUUUGGAAGAAUCAACACUGAAAAUGUAUGAUAUAACCUUAUAGAUCUCAAACGUGUGACAGGUACAGUGUUUUCUAAUACUGAUACAAUAUUCAUUUCUAAUUCUAUAUUUUUAAAUAACAGUCAAACAACACGGAACGUGAAAAACGCAAGUGUUGUGGUGCCCACGAAAUUUUACUAAGAAAAAAACCACGUAGGGAUAAAUAGUAGGUUGGGACAACAAGAUUGGACUCAGUUAUAAUAUAAUAGUUUGGGUUACAACACGUUUGGGUACAUAACACAUUUUUAAUAACCAAUUCAGAACACGAUACAUAUUUAGGUACACAUCAAUGCAAUGCGUUUACACUAUGUUGGUUGGUAUGACGGUUUAAGGCACACUACUUAACUGUAUAAAAAACAAUAAAAUAUUUAAUUUAAAUAAAUUAUAAUAAAUAACAGAAAUCAAGUUAACCAUUUAACUUUAAUUAAUCUAUGACAAGUGAAUAAACAUGGCAAAAUAUUUGUGAGACAAUUCAAAGCCAACUAUUGUUCUGAAUUUCUCCUAAUGAUAUUGGUACCAACUACGAAUGCCAAUUAUUGAUCAUCGUAUAUCAAAACUAAAUAGUUUGAAAAAAAAAUGUAUAAUAAACGAUAAUUUAAAAAAUAAACAGUUAAAUGUAUAAUAGGUCAUCAGUCCUGUAAUGUACCUUAACGUAUUUUUCCAAGGGUCAUGGUGCAAUCAAGCAUUGUAUGCAUGUGUUCAUCCGUAAAAUGAUACGAUUGAACAUACUCUUAUUUCCAGAUAUAUUUUAUGCACUCAAUUUUUUCGAAAUUUCAAAACAUUAUCAAACUCCUUUUUUUCAUCAUAAUGACAUUCAAGACGUAAAUUAUUGUAAGUGACUUUUAUAAAAACGCAUUCUUAAAUAAUAAUGUAAAUGUAUGUGUUG